AUGAAAUACAUACCCCCAUUGAAUUUUUCACCAGUGGUGAGUACAGAUGUGUCGUUAUACCGAUCAGGGUAUCCGAUGCCGUUGAAUUAUAGUUUCAUCAAGCAUCAGUUACACUUGAAGACUAUAAUAUAUAUUGGAGAUAAAGAUAGGCCUCUCGAAGAAUACCAAAGCUUCUUAGAGUUAGAAAAGAUAAAGUACUAUCACAUAUUUAUGGAUUCAAGCCGCGAUGAAGGAAUUCAAGAAAGAAUGAACCAAGUAUUGCACUUGGUGCUGGAUGUCAGAAACUACCCCAUCUUAGUGCAUUCCAAUAAGGGCAAGCACCGUGUUGGUGUAGUUGUGGGAAUCAUAAGGAAGCUGCUGCAGGGAUGGUCCACUGCAGGUAUAUACCAGGAAUACGGGUUAUUUUCUGGUGGAAUGAAAGAUGGGGUAGAUUUGGAGUUUAUCACAAUGUUUGAAACUAAUCUAAAAAUACCGAGAAACAUAAUUCCUGGUUUCGCUGAACACUGCUUGUAUUUGAAUGAGCUAGAGGCUGUAGAAGGAAGUGAUGACGAGUCAGAAAGUGAGUCUAUUCUUACUGCUAAGCAGUCAUUGUGA